AUGGAAGGAGGAAGAGCAAAAAGGCAAGUCAACGACGACGAAGAAGAAGAAGAGAAGAUCAAUACAUUCUUCACUCUGAUUAAGAAUAUGCAAGAUGUGCGCAAUCAAACGGUGAAUUCCUCAGAAGAAAAUAAGCCAAAAGGAAAAGAGAAAGAAAUAAUGAAAUCAUCAAAAGGGAGUCUAUCGUUGUCGUUCGAAUUGGAGGACUUCAUGAAGGAUGGGCACUUUGCUGCAGUGCUUCCUAGUUCUUCAACCAAGAAUGAUGAACAGGCCAAACUAGAAAAACAAGCUGGAUUAGACCUCAACCUUUCACUUUGA